GCUAGACUUAUAAUUAUUGGAGCAGAUAUAUCCGUAUACAAUGUGGUGAACGAUUCAUGUGGUUAUACUAGCCAUGCUCCUUGUUGCUCAAAGAUUGUAUCUCGCUUUUAUAUAACGACAACCUUGACAUUUUCUAGGCACGUAACCAGCUGUUCUUCAAGGGGGUUUGAACAGGGCACUCUUACAGACACUUUAAGACAUCAGUCUAUAUUAUUUUUGUCAAACUUAUAUUGAACUGAUUACAGGUAAAAGAAGUGAUCAUUUUCAUGAAGCACUGGGCAAAGGAAAAAGUCGAGUGGAGCCAUCUAAGUCGAAAACCAAAAUCUUAUCUUUUGUCUUUGCUGGUGGUCAGAGCAGCUGAGAAGGUUAGCAGGACGUUUUCAGCAAGAGAAAAUACCAUCAAUCGAAAGAUUGGUAUUAUUGGAGCCCUCGCCAGACUCGUCCAACAAGAUCGAUUGAAUAUUGCUUGGUCAAAGUACUAUGACCUAUCAUAUCAAUAUCUACCAAUCUGGAAUGCUAAAAGAAUUAUUCGAGAUCCUGCCAAUCCUGCCAACAAUGUCGCUGAUUCUGGGCUGACCGACUGGAGUCAGUUCAUUCCAGAAGUUGUUGGGCUAGCUCGGUCUUUAGGACAAAACGUUUAAUCAAAGAGAGCGUACGAACCGUUCUC